AAUGUCAAACAAAAUAUGGUCAACCUUUUUUUCUCUCCCCCUCCUUUCUGCUGGAAAUGCCGCACAUCAGAUAAGGUGACAGUUCCUUUUUCCGACUUCCUCUCUUUAGCAUCAGGUAAGGAGGAAAACGGACGGCGGGCGGGCAAAAAAAAUGGACUCUGCUCUCUCUUCUUCUUCUUCCUUUCAUGCUCCGCCACGUCUUGGUCCCUCUGGCAUGAAUCUACUACAAACCCAUUACUCCAGCUCUUUCUUCUUCAACCCCGUCCCCAACAGAAAUCCCAUCUCCACAGCCAACAGGCCCUCUUUGCUUUCAACUCAACAGCCAUCAAGAAAGUUGCGUUGCCUACCACCUGCUGGCAAGUAUGUCAGAGAGGAUUAUCUUGUGAAAAAACUGUCUGCUAAAGAAGUCCAAGAUCUGGUGAAGGGAGAGAGAAAUGUACCACUAAUAAUCGAUUUCUACGCAACAUGGUGCGGUCCCUGUAUUUUGAUGGCUCAAGAACUUGAAAUGGUAUGGAUAGUAAUUGGAUUCAGCUUAUAUGUUAGCACAAUGCCACUUCUUUUUUUUUCUUUUUUUUAAAUUUCUCCUUGACUUUCUUGAUUCGUAUCCUGAUGAAUCGGUUUAUUGCGUCUUGCCAUGAGUCAUUGGACAGGAUGAAAUGGAAGGAGAUUUUUCCUUGAAUAGAUGAGAGAAGAUUUGUCUUUCAACAAAUGAAAAGAGGACUCAGCUAAUUUCUAGAUCUAA